UCGAAAAGAUUAUUACAUUUAGGAAAUAAAUCUUUGAAAACCCUUGACCUCAAAAAAUGUUGUUCCUCUUAUAUAUACCUCUUCGAAUUUCUCCGCCUCCUAAUGUUUAACUGCCCUUAUUUUUCAAAACAAACAAAGGACAUGGCGACGGCGUUCGAGAAAAGUUCUCCCUAAUCUCGAGACGAGGUAUUCCGCGCAUUAGUAUUACUCGAAAAAGGUUGUAAGUGUUCUGAUCUGUUUCUGUCACAAAAUGGGUUCGAAAAAGAUGGGUUUUGAUGGUUCUGGAGAUAGAAUCAGUGGUUUACCAGACGCAAUGCUAUGUCACAUCUUAUCAUUUCUUCCAACUAAAGAAGCUGCUUCAACUACUGUUCUUGCCAAAAGAUGGAAGCCUUUGCUUCGGUUUGUACCCAGUCUUGACUUUGAUCGUCCAAGGACUGUUGAAGAGAUGAGAAAGGGUUCUGAAAGUUUUAUGCUUUUCGUGGAUGGUGUAUUGGCUUUGCAAGCGGAAGAGAAUGCUCCGUUGAACAGAUUUCACGUUAAGUGUCAAGAUGUUGAUCAAAACUGGGUGCUUGAAUGGAUACCCAAAGUAUUGAAACGUGGUGUGUUAGAUAUUGAUCUACACAUGCCAUAUUCGCCUCGCCAUUUUCGUCCAAACUCGGUUUUUUAUCCUCUGCCUUCAGAGAUCUUUACGAGCAAGAAAUUGGUUAGGCUGAAGAUACACUUUGAGGAUGCUGUCAAGAUUGAUGUGGAAGGUGAUGUUUCUCUUCCGAAGCUUAAGACUCUCCAUCUUGAUUAUGUUAAGCUAGAUACCAGAAUGUUUCACAAGCUUCUUUCUGGUUGUCACGCGCUCGAAGAAUUAUUGCUGUUUAAUUUGAUAUGGGAAGAGUCUUCAAAACCUGAACCUUGCUUAGUGACCGUGUCUGUCCCAACACUCAAGAUACUCAAGUUUUCUCGUUUUGAAAAUUUUAGUAAGGUUACAGAUUUCAAACCGAUCGUCUUAUUGUCAUUUGAUUUUCCGAAGCUGGUCUACCUAGAGUACUUGGAUACAAUUGCGGACAUGUAUCAACAAGUGAGUUUUGACUCACUUGUCGAAGCUAAACUCGGUCUUUGUAAGAACCCUAAACAGAUUAAAGAUGACAAGAAUAAUGUAAGAAAGCUGUUCAUGGGUAUAUGCAAUGUCAAAACUCUCCACUUGACUGCAGAUGGUCUUAGGGUACUUGGUUGCUGCCGUGAAACAAUGCCGGUAUUCGAGAACCUGAUUCAGUUAACUAUUAGUACUGGACUACAUGUAGGAUGGAAAUCAUUACCACCUCUACUCAUGAAUUGUCCAAAUCUACAAACCCUUAUAUUCGAGGGACUGCAUCAUAGAUAUAGGAAAAGAUAUGAGAGAUACUUCGGGGACGAGAACGGGCGGUGCAUGUUGAAACGUAUGGAUAAUAUGAGGGUGAAGAAGGAUAUUGAUGUUUGCCUAUCAUCAAGUCCGGUGAAGGUUAUAAAGAUAUUGAAUUUUGGUGAAGAAGAUACUGAAUUUGAAGAAAAUGUGGCGGAUAAGAUAAUGCAGGUCAAGCAAUUCCUAGAGACAAUGCCGGAGCUCGAACAAGUGAUGUUGUACUACAAUACACCAGAGGUUGAAGAUGUGAUGAAAGUAUUCAAGGAACUUCAGAAGCUUCCUAGAGUAGCUUCAGCCAAGUGUGAGAUCCAAAUAAUCUCUGAUAACCUCAACCUAUCGAUGAUAAAGGGUACUAAUCUUUAGAAGAUCCUUUUCCGGUUUCUCAGCCAUGGAUAUGUUUCAGUCAAGCUACAAGAAGUUCGCAUAGUUGCUAAAAACUCUAAACUCUGUUUCUUCCUUUUGCUCUUUGGUUUUUGUUUUCUUUAUUGGAUUUUAUCUUACAGACCAAUGAACCUUUUGUGUUCUUUUGUUGAUUUUUGUUAUGAAUUUGUGUGUUUCUUAUGUU